AAGCGCGACUAUCUUUAAUCCAAGUUUCCAUAUCUAGCAAGACAAAUUAAAUACGUAUUCAUCAUCUUGAAAAUUUGACCAAGAAACGCUAUAUCAUGGCCAUUACCAAGAAUGAGUCAACAGAAGCAGUCUUGCCAGGUAAGGAGCCCGUUUUUCGAGACGCUCCUGUCGUCGAGAAUUCUUCACCAGCCAACGUAAAGACCUGGAGGUACUGGGGCGUUAUUAUAGCCCUCUGCAUCGUGAGCUUACUAGUCGCCCUCGAAGGGACUGUCGUUUCCACAGCUCUCCCAUCUAUUACAAAGGAGCUUGGUGGUGGUGAAACGUACGUUUGGGUCAUCAAUGCCUACUUUCUCUCUAGGUAUAUAACGAUAUUCCCGCUCAUAUUUUCACAUAUUGCCUACUAAUAUUUCCUCAGUACUGCAUUCCAGCCGCUCUAUGGUCAAACAGCUAAUAUCUUCGGUCGUCGUUGGCUGAUCAUCUCCGCCGUCGCGCUGUUCAUCCUUGGUAGCGGUAUUGCGGGAGGGGCACACUCGAUGACAAUGCUGAUCGCGGGUCGCACGGUUCAGGGUAUUGGCGGAGGAGGCUGUUCUAUGAUGAUAGAUAUGAUUAUCUGUGAUCUGGUGCCACUACGUGAGCGGGGCAGUGUUAUGGGCUAUAUUUUCGGCGCGGCAACGGUAGCCACGGCUCUAGGACCCUUUAUCGGUGGGAUCUUAGUACAGAAGUCCAGUUGGCGCUGGGUCUUCUAUAUCAACAUUCCUGUCGCUUCAUUAGGAUUGCUACUGAUUGUUUUAUUCCUCCAUGUGAAGUGGCAAAAGGAGAGAACAUUGAUGCAGAAGCUACGCCGGGUAGACUUUGCUGGAAACGCCGUGUUCAUCGCCGCUACUAUCUCCAUCCUAAUCGCCUUAACUAACGCUGGUACUGUAUAUUCCUGGAGCAACUGGCGUACUAUUCUACCUAUAGUACUCGGUUUCGCCGGCCUGGGGGUGUUUGUUUUAUAUGAAUGGUCUGGAUACUGUGCCGAGCCUACACUGCCACCAGUACUAUUUACAAACAGGACUUCGGCGACAGGUUUCGCGCUGACGAUGCUGCAUGCCAUGUUUCUCUACUGGGAGAUAUACUUCUUACCUGUGUAUUUUCAAGCAGUCUGCGGCUCAUCACCCGCCCGCUCCGGCGUACAACUGCUUCCAACUGUAAUUAACCUAAUGGUAUUUGCAGGUGUCGGCGGCGUCUUGAUGGAGAAGCUAGGUCGCUAUCUUCCUCUGCACGCAGCUGCAUUCGCACUGAUGACGCUGGGUUUCGGGUUAUUUACCCUCUUGGACAGACAUAGCUCGACGGCCGAGUGGGUUAUUUUUCAGAUCAUAUAUGCGGCUGGUGCUGGGUUGCCAAUUGGUACAUUGCUACCCAGCGUACAAGCAGAACUAAAAGAGGAAUACACAGCUACAGCAACAGGUACUUGGGCGGUGCUCAGGAGUUUUGGUACUAUAUGGGGUAUUGCAGUGUCUGCUGCUAUCUUUAAUAACCGUUUCGUGCAUCUAAUUGGGAACAUUGAUGAUCAGAUGACGAGAGCGGCCCUGAGUGGCGGAAGAGCAUACGAAUUAGCCACGAAGGCGUUCAUGAGCACGCUUGAUACCAAUCAACGACUGAAAGGCCAAGUCACGGAAGUGUACACAGAGAGUUUGAAACUCACGUGGCAGGUGGCGAUUGCGUUGGCCGGCUUUGGAUUCUUGCUGGUAUUUCUACAGAGGGAGGUCACGCUUAGGACAGAGCUCGAAACUGAAUUUGGAUUGGUUGUAGACAACAAAGGGGAUGUGGAGAGGAAUGAUAAAAGGCUUCAGGAACUUUAAAGUUAUAUCAUGAUUGGUAAAAGUAUUUGGUUGGUUCAUUGCACACAAAUGUUUGGAAUAGUAAUAUACACGAAUUUAAAUUGCAUUCAA